CUUGUCAUCGGAAACCAUAAAAAUGCUGAAAGUGGUGGCCCUCGCACUGGUCAUAUGUGCCAUUACAGGCUCUCAGGCUGAAGUUAACACUGACCAAGUGGCCAGCGCAUUCUGGGAUUAUGUCACCAAACUAAGCAGUGAUGCAAAGGAUGCAGUCGAGCAGAUACAAGAAUCUGACAUCAGUAAACAGCUUAAUUCUAUAAUCCAGGAAAAUUUGAAGACUGUGAAUCUUUAUGCAGGAGACCUCGAGAGCCAAAUCCUCCCUUUUGCUAAGCAGAUCCAUGAACAGCUAACACAAGACUCUGAAAAGCUGCGGGAUCAGAUCAGACAGGAGCUGUUGGAGUUAAGAAACAAACUUUCCCCAUAUGCAGAUGAGAUGCACAAGCAACUGAGCAAGAAUGUAGAGCAGCUGCAGUUAAAACUUACUCCAUACGCAGAGGAGCUUCAAACUGAGCUGGAGAAGAACACACAGGUGGUCAGUCAGCAGCUGAAGUCUGUGGUCCAGGAGCUGGAUGCCAAGAUCAGGGACAAUGCAGACAAUCUAAAAACAUCUUUGGCCCCAUACUCACAAACUCUUCAGGCCCAAAUAGACGACAGCGUGGAUCAGCUCAAAAACCACCUGAUACCCUACACUGAAGAGCUAAAAGAAAAGAUUAGGCAACAGUCAGAGGAACUAUAUCAGACACUAACUCCUUAUUCUGAGGAUGUGCAGGGUGCACUGGAGAAGCAUAUUCAGAACAUGGAUUUCCAGAUGAGGAAAAUUGUGGAUCAGAUGGAAAGCAAGAUAGUGGAACACACAUCAGAGUUGAAAAAGCAACUCUAUCCAUACGCAGAUCAGCUGAGGAAGAUACUCAAUGGAAACGUUCAGGAUACUAGACAAGUUUUAGAGCCCUAUUUCAUGGAAAUGAGCAAGCAGAUAGACGAGAGAAUCUCAGAGUUUAAGGACACAAUGACCCCAUAUGGUGAAAAUCUUAACAAAGCAUUACUACAAAGAGUAGAAGACAUGAAGAAAAAACUAGAUCACUACACAAUAACCACACAAGAUCAAUUAGAAUACCUGGAGAAAGAUGUACGUGACAAGAUCAGUGACUUCAUUAAUAAAGGUGUUCCCACCAAACAGUAAAUCAGAUUUCAUCACAAGUCAUCAUUAACUUGUGCAGAGGUAGUUGGUAGACCUCUAGCAGAUAUUUUGACAAAUCAUAAACAAUUCCCAGUAAAAUUAUUAGAAUUUCUAGGGCUAUAAACACAAUUUCAUCAUCUGCUUUCUUUUUUCAUGUAGGGUGAUGAAUGGUGACAUCAUCUAUUUCAGAGUGGCUACCACACACAUGAUCAGCUUAUAAAUCAGUAACGUGUUAAAAAAACAAAAGCUUCUAUCUGCUUCAUUUUGCCAGUUCUCAGUCAGCAUUAUGUGAAAUAAUUUAUGUUUGCUUGUUCAGUGAUAAAGAUUUGUGUGCACUUUAGCAAUUAUUUUCAAUAAAAAUGGAAUACAGCAAUGCACAGUA